UUUCGUGUUUCGAGUUUUUAAUUUUAUCAUAAUUUGUUUUCACUUUUAAUAUUCUUCUCCUAGGCGGAACAACAUUAAAUUUAUUAUUAUCCCUCUUUGCCAAAGUAAUGAAUACUGUAGCUUGGGCAUCCGCCCCUCUUUUACUUAGCGAAAUGGCACCUACAACAAUAAGAAAUAUGAGCUAUGGAUUUGUUUCUACAAUUGGGGAACUUGGAUCUGUACUUGCUCCUUAUAUGAAAAGAAUUGGGGAUGAAAAUAAACAAAAAGGAAUAAUUGCAUUAAUGUCUAUUUUGGCUGUUUUGGUUUCGAUGAUGGCACCAGAAACAGUUGGAAAAUCAUUACCACAAGAUUUGGACGAUUUUGAUUCUGGUCCCUUUAUAAAUUUUAUUAAAAAAUGUCGUAGAGUAAUACGUCCAACAAAAAGGGAAGACAAAAGGAAAGAAAAUGGGAAGUUAAGCGAAAAUGUUAUUUUCUUAGAAGAGAAAAGGGAAGACGAAAAACUACAAAAUGCUCAUUAA